UAUGAUCAGAGUUUCCCUAGUGCACAUCCUCCACCUGCGACUGCUGGAGUUUUGGGGCUUGGGAGAGGCAAAAUCAGCGUCUUCUCACAGCUUGUCUCCGCCGGAGUAACGAGAAACGUGGUUGGACAUUGCCUAAGCUCUAAAGGUGGAGGCUAUUUGUUCUUUGGAGACAAUCUUAUUCCUUCCACUGGUGUGGCAUGGACACCGUUAUUGUCACCAGAUAACCAUUACACGACCGGAUCAGCCGAGCUUCUUUUCAACGGGAAGGCAGCAGGUUUAAAAGGACUUAAACUCAUUUUCGAUACUGGAAGCUCAUACACUUAUUUCAACAGCAAAACAUACCAAACAUUAGUUAAGCUGAUCGAAAAUGAUCUAAAAGGUACGCCGUUGAAAGAUGCGAAAGAGGAUAAGACCUUACCAGUCUGCUGGAAAGGAGCUAAGCCUUUUAAAUCUGUUCUUGACGUCAAGACCUACUUCAAGACCUUAACAAUCAACUUUACAAACGGCAGAAAAAACACUCAGCUUCAGAUUCCACCUGAAUCUUAUCUCAUCAUUUCUAAUACUGGGAACGUCUGCUUAGGACUACUAAAUGGAAGUGAGGUUGGAUUACAAGACUCCAACGUAAUCGGAGAUAUAUCUAUGCAAGGGCUAAUGAUGAUCUACGACAACGAGAAACAACAACUAGGAUGGGUUACUGCAGAUUGCAAUAAGCUUCCUAGAUCAUAAGUCAUAACAUCACCAUUAACUUAUACUAUAUAAACUCUUUACAUAAAAAAAAUUUAGGAACCAUAAAAAAAAAAAAAAAAAAACAA